GCAAAGAUGGAUGGUACCAGCAAUGAGCAUCCUAGAGCAAAGGCUGAUGGGUUCCCAACAAUCCUGUUCUUCCCCGGUGGAAACAAGAGCUUUGAUCCGAUCACAGUGGAUGUUGACAGAACAGUAGUGGAACUGUACAAAUUCCUGAAGAAGCAUGCAUCAAUCCCAUUUAAACUUGAGAAACCAGCGACGCCUGAACCGGUGAUCUCGACCAAGAAAUCUGAUGAGAAGAUCGAGGGUGAUAGUGGCAAGGAUGAGUUGUGAUGAUCUUUGCAAGGAAGAGAGUGUGUAACAACAGGCUAUAGAUAAUGAUGACUCGAUCUCUAUAUUGAUAGAAAAUGUAUUGUCCUUUGUCUUUGUUUUGUUGACUUUUGUUGUAUGCUAUGAAAUGAAUAACUACAAAGAAAAAUGAUCAUGCAUUUGAUUUACACAUUGAUUGCUCGAUUGAUUACGACAUGAA